UAGCUAUGGAAGACGAAAAAUGCUACUGCCAACAAAGGUUUCACCACUCUUUACGGUGGUUCUCUGUAGCAUCCUUGUGUUUAUCCUAUUCUUCUUUCAGCCAAAUCCUUCUCCUCCUCAAAAUCCACAAUCCAUGGCUCGUAGUUUUAUUCUUUGGCUUCAUGGAUUGGGUGAUUCUGGUCCUGCCAAUGAACCAAUCAAAACUCUCUUCACGUCUCCUGAGUUCAGAACUACCAAAUGGUCUUUCCCUUCUGCUCCUAAUAGUCCGGUCACUUGCAACUAUCGUGCUGUAAUGCCAUCAUGGUUUGACAUCCAUGAGAUCCCCAUCACAGCUGAUUCUCCCAAAGAUGAAGAUGGUUUGCAGAAAGCAGUUAAGAAUGUGCAUGCAAUGAUAGACCAGGAAAUAGCAGCUGGGACAAAUCCUGAUAAUGUAUUUGUGUGUGGAUUUAGUCAAGGAGGUGCCUUGACCUUGGCUAGUGUUCUGCUGUACCCGAAAACUCUAGGAGGCGGUGCAGUCUUUAGUGGAUGGGUUCCUUUCAACUCUUCUAUUAUUGAACAGUUUCCACCAGAUGCCAGAAAGACACCUAUUUUGUGGUCGCAUGGUAUUGCUGACAGAACAGUAUUGUUUGAAGCCGGACAAGCAGGCCCCAUUUUUCUUGAAAAGGCUGGUGUAAGCUGUGAGUUUAAGGCUUAUCCUGGUCUUGGCCAUUCAAUAAGCAAUGAGGAGUUGCAAUAUCUGGAAUCAUGGAUUAAGACACGUCUGCGUACUUCUUCAUAGAGUUUAAGCGACUGGAAUAUUGACCACUUCUUCCAGUGAAUGGGAAGAUUUGGAUGCAAGGUCUACUUUUUCUGUCUUGAUUGUAAGUGUUGUGCUUUUCACAUUCCGCCCGUGAUUGAAAAUAAACAAACUGCAUUUCCCAGGUGAAUUUUACCUAAAAAGCAAAGAAACUCGAUGGAGUGUAACACAGCAAGCUGUGCAUGAAUCAAUCAUUACCCGCA